CCUGUCCCGCGUAUGGCUCCUUUCUCUGUGGCAUAUCGCAGUUGUCAGCACAAUUACAAUCGGCACUUUUUUUCUGUUUGGAUGGGGCUAGUAGAGACCGGGAGUUCUACUGCCUCCGGUGGCCAAGUGCCUGGCCUGGUACUAUCUCGGCAUUCAAUUGAUUCAUCCGACCCAUAUCUCCUUCCUUCCUUUCUUCCCUUGCUCCUCUUCUCUCUUUCUCAUUCACCCAUUCCUCAUUCAUCAACAGCCAGCCUCUGCUCAUCACCAUGGCGUCGCUUGCUCAGUCUCUCCUCCAGUCGCCUCAGGACUUCUUCAUCGACGUGGCCAGAACCGUGGGUGUCUACACGGCCCCUUAUCUCGACCCCGUCGAGGAUGCGCUCGCGGCACAGAUGGAGAAGUACUUUCCCACGGCGGUUCACCACUUCCGUGGCUUCCUCGUCGCGGCCGAAUCCCCCUUGGCCCGCGAAUUGCCCCUGAUGAACCCCUUCCACGUUCUUCUGAUCGCGAUCGGCUACUUGGUUACCGUCUUUGUGGGCAUGCAGAUCAUGAAGAACUUUAAUCGCUUCGAGGUCAAGACCUUCUCACUACUCCACAACUUCUGCUUGGUCUCGAUCAGUGCCUACAUGUGCGGUGGUGUCCUCUACGAGGCCUACCGUGGCAACUACGGACUGUUUGAGAACAUGGCCGAUCAUUCUGCCAAGGGAUUGCCAAUGGCCAAGAUGAUCUGGUUGUUCUACUUCUCCAAGAUUAUGGAGUUUGUUGACACAAUGAUCAUGGUCCUCAAGAAGAACAACCGCCAGAUCUCAUUCCUGCACGUCUACCACCACUGCUCCAUCUUCACCAUCUGGUGGUUGGUCACUUUUGUCGCACCCAACGGCGAAGCCUACUUCUCUGCUGCCUUGAACUCAUUCAUCCAUGUCAUCAUGUAUGGCUACUACUUCCUGUCGGCCCUCGGCUUCAAGCAGGUGUCGUUCAUCAAGUUCUACAUUACGCGCUCGCAAAUGACCCAGUUCUGUAUGAUGUCGAUCCAGUCAUCCUGGGACAUGUAUGCCAUGAAGGUCUUGGGCCGCCCCGGAUACCCCUUCUUCAUCACUGCUCUCCUCUGGUUCUACAUGUGGACCAUGCUCGGCCUCUUCUACAACUUUUACAGGAAGAACGCAAAGCAGGCCAAGCAGGCCAAGGCCGAUGCCGCUGCCAAGGAGAAGGCGAAAAAGUUAGAGUAAGACAUGAUGGACUGGGUUUGUCCAACGCUCUAGAGCCUGCGUCUCUAAUGAGAUGCGGGAACGCGUCGAGGAGACGGAAUAAAUCAUACAUAUUCAAAAC